UGAUGGUUGACGCAGAUCCACUUGUGGCUCAAGCAUGUUCUCACAUGGGGGGUGCUGUGCAAGGGGAAGGGUCUACUCAGUGACGCUGUGUUUCAGAAUCGCCCACAGCAGGACAGGUCCAGGAGGGGAAAGAGGCUGCAGCUGUGGACCUGGGCGCCCUGCUGGACGCUGGAGACAGCGCCGUGGUGACUCUGGUGGCGGGCGACACCCGUCUGGCAGCGCACAGGGCCGUCCUGGCCGCCAGGAGUCCCGUGUUCGCCGCUGUUUUCAGCCACGGCACGCUGGAGGCCACAGUCCCAGACGUGGGGGGCCAGUUGCUGCGCCAUCUCUUGGCCUACAUGUAUACCCUGCAGGCCCCGCAGCUGGCCAGAAUGGCCCCCCAGCUGCUGGUCGUGGCUCAUAAGUACGGCUUGUCAGGCCUGAAGGCACUGUGCGAGCAGCAGUUGGCCUCACAGCUGUCUGUUGAGACUGCGGUGACCACAGCUGUGCUCGCUAUUCGGAACUCCUGUAGCAGCCUUAAGAAGGCCGCCGCCGCCUUCAUAAAGACUCAUAUUUUACACGUGAUGGCCACGAAGGGCUGGACAGAUGCGCUACAUUGUCAGCCUGAAGAUUUAAUUGAAGUGCUCAAGCUGCUGUCUGAGCCACCAGCAGAAACCAGCACUCCAGCCACUGGAGACAACGAGGUCAUCCCCACCAGUCAGCUGCACAUGGGCCACAAAAACUGCAGCAGGGCCCCUGUUCCAGCUGCAAAGCACACAGCUACCUGCCCCACUCCCACAUUUGAUGAUGCUUCCGUCUCUUUCCUGAGACACUCUAAUUACGUUUCACGGGAUGAGCCGGAAUAGCACCAUUGAAUGAAU